AUGUUAUCCGGUAAUUGGAAUGAAAACGGAGAAGAAUUACGACUCACUGGUUCGGAUGAUAUAAAUGAGAAUCAUUGCCAUCGUCGUGCAGUAAGCAGCGGUGAGCCGUCGUUAGAUGGUUCUGUUGACGAAGAACGUGCCGCGUUGAGUGAUUCUGAUCUAUCUGGUGUUGCGAGAAUACAUACUUUGGCAACAAAGGCAAAAGGCCCAUCCAGUGAUGCCCUCGAAACAGAAUGUCGUACGGAGCAAUCCCUCUCCAUUCCCAAUGGCGUUCACCGCUCUGCUUCCGCAGAAGAAUGGAAUGAUAUUUUGGGUAGUGGACAGUUGUUUUGUAAGGUGUUGAAAGCUGGCAAAGGACCAAAAGCUCGGAAUGGCCAGAAGGUAACAGUUCGAGUUGUAGAUACAGGGUUUGGAAUAGAUAAUGUUAGCGAGAAAACAUUUAUUCUCGGUUUCAGUAUGGUUAUUGAUGCGUGGGAAAUGGUGCUGCAGCUAAUGCAUGAAGGCGAGAUUGACGCCAUAAAAAGUGAGCAUCGUUUCGCAUAUGGUAGCGUGGGUGAUCCAGAACGUAAUAUUCCGCCAUACCAAACGAUGGAAUAUGAAAUUGAACUAAUUUGUAUUACCGACGGACCACUGUAUACAACGCUGCAAACGAAUGAAUUGGUGAAGCAUAUCACAGAAUUGAAAGAAAGAGGCAAUUAUUUCUAUAAUAGAAAGGAAUUGGAGAAAGCAAUAUAUGUUUAUAAGAGGAGUGUCGAAUUGAUUGAUACGCCAAUAAAAAAUGAAACACUGCGAAAUUUACUGUCGAUGAUCUACUCCAAUUUGUCUGUUUGCUAUGCAAAGCUUUGCGACUGGAAGUUAACUUUGGAUGCUUCCAGUGCUGCUCUGAAUUUGAAUGCUGGCAAUACAAAAGCAUUGUUCAGGCGAGCAAAUGCCUAUGCAAAUUUGAAUUUCAUCGAAAAAGCAAUCGACACUUUGAAUAUCGCGCAUCAGAUUGAUCCCAACGAUGAGCUUAUUGCUAAAGAACUGCGCCGUCUGAAAGCUCGUUUAAAGCUUUGCCGUGAGCAGGAGCGUUCACUUUAUAAACGAAUGUUAGCUGGAGCACAGGAUGAUAAUGACCAUCGGACCUAUUUCAUUCGUCGGCUAAGGUAUUCAUUGUUUGCAUUCUUUAUUGUUGUAUUUGCUUUAUUCAUUCAUUACCUUCGUAUUGUUAUGGACUGGUAA